CGUCGUUGGCGGUUGCUCGCCGACUCGAUCUCACAACGCGACACAAUGCCAGAGAUCAUCAGUCUUCUCUCCUCGACACCUCCUCCCCCCCUUCCUCCGGUAGACCGACACGAACUUUCUUCCGCAAGACGAGCUCACUCCUCUCCGCCCGGCGCCGCAUCUUUCGCCGACGACGUCGACCUCUCCGCUUUCACAUGGGAGGACGAUCUCGACCUCGACAACCCAUUCAAGCGUCGACGUCUAAGCCAUGAAGCGCCUCCUCCUCCUCCGCCUCCCCGAUUCCGGCAGCCGUCUCUCCCCAAGCCCAGGAACAAUCUAUUCCUGUUCUCCGACGACGAUGUGAUCUUAUCCUCCGAAGGCCCCGGCCCCGGCCCCGGUCUCAGCCCCACCCUUCCGAAACUCCCAGUCUGGAAUGGAGAAUCAGAUCCGAUUAUCUUCACGUCGUCUGCCCCAGAACCCAGGGACACUACGCUUGUUGCACGGCAAUCUCCUCCCCCUACCACAGAUGCCAUCGCGAUCGACGUCGAUGAUUACGAUGAUCACGAGCGAAUGCCUGCGACCGGGUCAAAUAAUAACCGAGAGAACAUCGAGGAUUUCAGCGACCAGACCCAGUUCCCCGACAUCAAUGAACUUCUCGAACGUCCGAGACCCCCACCGACGGCCGGCACAUUCUCCAGUCGUACGGCGGCUCUACUCGCCAACCUCGAGCGACCACAAGGCGGCAGUGUCACGGAAUGUACUUCCACCACAACGACAGCACGCCGACGACGCAAGAAGGAUCGAGCCGCGGAGGACAUUAUCGAAGAUGACGACGAGAUGGAUGAUCCAGCCACUACAGCAAGCUCCGCCCGGGGCAAAUCCCAGCGCAAAACCACCGCCACACGCACGACCACCACCAGCGCAGAGAAGGACGCCAAGGCCCGGGAACGCGAGGCGGCCAAGGCGCAGCGCGAACAGGAGCGGCAGCGGGAGAAGGAGCGCAAGCAGAGACUCAAGGACGAGAAGGCCCGGGAGAAACAGCUUGCCGCCGACAUCGCGGAGGUCAAUAAACUGAAAGUCACGAAAAAGGAGUCGACGCCGGAGAUGAUGAUCGACCUCGCCUCGACGUUUGAAGGGACGAGUGUCGGAAACCAGACGACGGAGUUCAUGAAGCAUCUCGGGGUGGAGCAGUCGUUCUUCGCCAGUGCGAUCCCCAACGUCGUGCGAUGGCGCCGCAAGGUCAAAGCGACCUACAACGACGCCCUCGGGUACUGGGAACCCUGCGCGCCGCACAUCCGCGACGAGGACGAGCAUGUGCUCUGCCUCGUGCCGGCGCAGGAGUUCGUCGACAUGGUCUUGGCGCCAGGUACUCCGGACACAACCCUCGAGCAACAUAUCCAGACGCUGAAAGCCGCCUACCCCAACCGCACCCCGAUCUACCUGAUUGAAGGCCUCACCAUCUGGCUGCGCAAGAACAAAACCUCCCGCAACAGAGCCUACGUAGCCGAAGUCCGUCGCCAGUACGACGAGGCCGCAGCAGCAUCAGCAGCAGCAGCAGCAUCAUCCACCGACCCCACCACCACCACAACAACAACCACCCGCCGCACCCGCAAGAAACAGCCGGCCAACAAACCCGAAACCACCCCGCCCAUCGACGACGACACGAUCGAAGACGCCCUCCUCGACCUACAAGUCACCCACGCCUGCCUGAUCCACCACACCGCCGCGCCCGCCGACUCGGCCGAGUGGAUCAAGAACUUCACCGAGCACAUCUCGACGGUCCCCUACCGGCGCGAGCGCAUGGCCGCCAACGACUCGGCCUUCUGCAUGGACGUCGGCCAGGUCAAGCCCGGCGAGAACCGCUCCGACACCUUCGUCAAGAUGCUGCAGGAGGUCAACCGCAUCACCGCCAGCAUGGCCUACGGCAUCGCCGAGCGGUACCCGAGCGUGCUGGACCUGGUGCAGGGGAUGCGUCGCGAGGGGCCCGGCUUGUUGGAGGAUGUCAAGAAAUCCGCGAAUAAGAACGGCGCCCUGACGGAUUCGCGGAUUGGGCCGGCGGCUAGUCGGCGGUUGUAUAAGGUGUUUAUGGGGAUGGAUCCUUCGUCGACGGAUGUUUGAUCCGGUAACCAGUUGGCGGAGGCGGUUGGCUAGGGCUCGGUAGAUGGGUGGUUGCGCUUUGUGCAGUGCUAUACUGUACUGCACCCUCUAGACCAAGCCUCGUAUUGGUGGUAUCAUUACAUCUUCCUGUCUAUUUGGCAUGGCGUUUGCAUGGAUACUGAAUGCUCCUCGUGAUGAAUUGUUAUAACGAAUCAAAAGCACAUAGAUGACAUACACGCAAGACCCUAGAGUGACAAGCUAAUUCAGAACAACCUGGGGCAAUAGAUCAACUAC